AUGUCUUGCUUCUACUCUCCAACAUCACCCUAUUAUUGCUCUGAAUUGGAGACAAGCCACGCCUGUGUGACGUAUUCUGUACCCGAUGAAUUGAAACAAAAGAUUGAUCAACAAGUUCGAACAUGGGGACUGCUCUGUCAACGCGAUCCUUGUCUCUCCGAAACGAAUUGGGGACAUGUUUACGUUCAAGUGCAUUCUACAUUGAAGAAGCUUUGUCGUGAUUCACAAAAUAUCGACCUUCUGUUAAAACCUCUUCUGGCCUAUUACGAUGUGAAUACUUUGCCGUAUUUAUUCACAAUUUCCUCCGACAAGUUAUUCACCUUACCGACUCAUUUCACAGUGAUCAGUCAUCUCGAAUGGCAGAGAGGAUUUUUUGAGUUGGACAAGAAAGUGAGCUACUUUGGAUUGCGCACAAAGACAAGCUCAUCCUUGUCUCCGCUUGAUAUCGUUUACAAAUAUGGCAACCCUCUCACUGAUGGAUACACAAAGGACAUUACUGACGAAGCGAGAGAGAACAAAGCUCAACACUUGUUAAUGUUCACUUAUUUCAAGAGAUCCAAAUUUGCCGAAUAUCUACCAGAUGAAAUAGUUCAGAACAUUGGAAGUUUUCUACUCUUUGAAUUGCAUCCUCAAGACAAGAAAAGAAAAAUCAAUUUUAGAUUCGCUGGAUUGGUGACGUUCGCCCCUAAUUAUGUGGAAUAUGAAAAGUGUUUGUUCUUGCAUAUGGAAAGAGCGGAGCUGGAUGAGUUGAGAAAGAAAUAUGGAUUUCACAACAAGAUGGAUUAUGUCGUGGUACUGGGAAAGUUAGAGCGUGUCUAUUGUCCGAUAUCCCCUGCUUGUAAUACACCUUGUUAUUCGCCAUACUAUUCGAAUGAGAUGAUGGAAAUGACAUAUAUUGACAUUUCAGAGUCAUCUGACAGAAAGAGAAAAUUGGAAGGUCAGGAGUCACAUCCUUAUGAAUGUUCGCAUAAAUGUCGUGAGAAACCAACCUUGUAA